CUGAUCGUCGAACGAUAGAGUCUCUCAUCUCCCGGAUAUGGCCAAGGCCGGCAAAAAAUAUGGAGACUGUGACGAUAAAGUCGCCGGGAAAAGCCAGCAAGUAGAUACCGCUUCUACAUCAUGGAGAGCUGAUCUCGCAAAGGUUGACGUUUGGUAUGCCUCUUAUGGAUCCAACAUGUGGAAACCGAGGUUUCUUUGCUAUAUUCAUGGGGGAAAAGCCGAGGGAAUGAUAAAGUCAUGUGUUGGUUCAAUGGAUAAAAGUCCACCAAAGGAAAUAGUGUGGAAAACAUUUCCACAUAGAUUGUUCUUUGGCCGUGAAUCUUCAUUUUUUUGGGGUGUAGGGGGAGUUGCUUACACCAAUCCCCUUACUAAUCUCAAUGAUCAAACUCACAUGCUUGAGCAAUUCAACGACGUUCUGUUUCAAGAAAAUUGGUUGAAUGUAGAUUCAGAUUCUCCGCUCUUUGAUCUAGCUGCUCUGCAGUUAGUAGAGAACCAAGGAUCCAUUUCACUUGUACCUGCUUCGGAUAGUUUGUAUGGGAAUGUUGUGUGCUUGGGGAAAGAAGGCGACAUUCCUAUACUUACAUUGACUUGCACGCUUUCUGCUAUUGAGAAAUUCAAAUCCGGUAAGAUCCCUCUAAGACCUCCUCCAAAAGCCUAUGCCAACACUUUAAUAAGGGGCCUUGUGGAAGAAGGAAGAUUCUCUAAAGAAGAAGCUGAGGCUUACAUAGACAAUGCUGCGUCUAAACCUCUCUAGUGUGUAUUAUUUACCAAGAAAUUAACCGCGCUUUUGAUCACGAUUUGGAGCUUUGGGUUUCUGAGUUAUCUAACUAGUAUAAAAACCACAGGUUAAGAAAUAUUGUGAGACUUUUGAGUUUGUCUUUUGAAAGAGAGGAUGUGUUGUGCUUUGAAUUUGCUCCCUCUGUAUGUAUUUUAGUUAUCUUCGGUUCUAGGCUUCACCGAAAACACGAUUACAUGGCAUCUUUUAAAAUAUUAUAAUGAACGUUAUUACAGUUU